AUGUUGACUCGUGAGGAAGUUGAAAAACACGCAUCGGCAGCGUCCUGCUGGGUUGCUAUACAUGGCUCUGUCUACGAUGUAACUGACUUCAUUCCCUCCCAUCCCGGUGGCUCAAGUGUCAUCCUCCGCUGUGCAGGAAAAGACGCGACCGAUGAAUUCGACUCUGUCCACGAUAAGGAAUUAUUGCAGUCUCUUCCUGCAUCGUCAUUUCAGGGUCACAUCGAAGCAGGCAUUCUAUCCAAGCCAGGAAAUGAAGCUGCAUCCGAACCUAUAUCUGAACAGGGCCCACCCCCCUUACACACGAUAAUCAACCUGCACGACUUUGAAGACAUCGCGCGACACCACCUCCCCCCACCAGCAUGGGCAUACUACUCCUCCGGCGCCGACGACGAGAUCGCCAAAAACAACAACCAGAAAGCGUAUAGCAAGAUUUCUCUCCGUCCGCGCAUUCUCCGCAGUAUCCCGGCUGUUGAUACCAGUACCAAUAUUCUGGGGCAUGCGGUGUCGCUGCCUGUGUAUAUUUCGCCAGUUGGGAUAGCGAAAUUCGCUCAUCCGGAUGGCGAAUGUGCGCUGUUUUCUGCGGCUGGGAAGGAGGGGAUUCUGCAGAUGUUGGCGAAUGGGUCGAGUUUUCCGAUUGAGAGGGUGAUGGAGAUGAGGGUGAGAAAGGAGCAGCCGCUGUUCUUUCAGUUGUAUGUCAAUAAAGACAUAACAAAGUCGGAAGAGACGGUGCGACGGGCAGUCAAGGCUGGUGCCAGUGCGUGUGUUUUGACAGUCGACAGUCCAGUCGUUGGAAAGAGGGAAAAGGACGAGAGAAUGAAUCUACAGGUUCAGGCACGGGAUUCGUCAAUCCAAGGACAAGGCGUGGCCAAGGUCAUGGCCAGCUCGAUAUCGCCGUUUAUCGACUGGAGCAUUCUGACCUGGAUACGAGGACUGACUGCAUUGCCGAUUAUCAUCAAGGGGAUCCAAUGCGUGGAAGAUGCCGUCAUGGCGUAUCGACAUGGAGUGCAGGGCAUUGUGCUGUCCAACCACGGUGGUCGAUCUCAAGAUACUGCCCAAUCCCCCCUCCUCACACUGCUGGAGAUCCGAAGACACGCCCCCUUUCUGCUCAAAAGCAACAUGCAAAUCUUCAUCGACGGGGGCAUCAGACGAGGAACAGACGUUCUCAAAGCGUUGGCUUUAGGAGCAACAGCCGUCGGACUGGGAAGGCCAUUCUUGUACAGUCUCUCAGCCGGAUACGGAGAAGAAGGCGUAAGACGGGCGAUUCAGAUUCUGAGAGAGGAGAUCGAGAUGAACAUGGUGUUUCUGGGGGUGACCAGAUUGGAGGAAUUAGGAGGGCAUUUGGUGAAUUCGGCGAGACUGGAGAGGGAUGUGACGGGGUGUGUGAAGCUCAUGAGUGAAAUUAACGUCCUUCUCUACGGCCUGGGAGCAAUCGGCUCCUUCUACGCCUUCAUCCUCCAACGCAACGAUCGCGUCCGAUUGACCGUCGUCGCACGAUCCAACUACGACGCUGUCAAGAAUAAUGGAAUCCUCAUCGAAAGCGAAAACGACGGCCACCACCGAUUCCACCCCUAUGCCGUCGUCAAAUCCGCCGCCGAACUGACCUCGCCGGUGGAUUAUAUCGUGUGUGCGCAUAAAGCGAUUGACCAGGAUUCUGUUCCACUCCUUUUAAAGCCAGCUAUUAGUGAGAAGACGACGAUUGUGAUUAUCCAGAAUGGAGUGGGGAAUGAAGAGCCGUUUAGACGGGUUUUCCCUGAUUGCUCUAUUUUGACUUGCGUGACCUGGGUUGGAGCAACACAAAUCAAUCCCGGCGUCGUCAAGCAUACCAAGUCAGAGGAUAUGCAGAUCGGACUGUAUCCCAAUCCAUCGCUGUCUCCAUCAACCGAACAAUCCCGUCUCGAGACCUUUUCCUCUCUCCUCACGGCCGGAAAGACCAAAUUCACCAUUCUCCAAGACAUGCAACGCCAGCGCUGGGAAAAAGUCGUCUGGAACGCAGCCUGGAACUCGCUCACCACGUUGACCAUGGUGGAUACACAGAGCUGGCUGCAUUCCUCUCCUGAGGCGACGCCAUUUACACGCCGGUUGAUGGCUGAGGUUAUCUCCGUUGGGCGAGCGUGCGGGGUCGAGUUACAAGAUAGUCUGAUUGACGAGCUGCUAGAUAGAAUUAAUUCCAUGCCAGGCAUUGGAAGUAGCAUGCAGACUGAUGCGAAGAACGGCCGCCCGAUGGAGGUUGAAGUUAUUCUGGGAUAUCCGGUGCGAAAAGCGAGAGAGCUGAAGAUACAGACGCCGAUCUUGGAGACGCUUUUCCUGCUGUUGACGGCAGUGGAUGGGCGGUUGAGGGGGUAA